CCCGGCGCUCCCGGAGCUCCGAGCCCGGGCCUGGGUACUCGGGAUCCCGCCGCCGGGGCCGCAGCAUGGGGCGCUUCGGCGGGGGCCUGCGGUGCAUCAAGUACCUGCUGCUCGGCUUCAACCUGCUCUUCUGGCUGGCAGGGUCGGCUGUCAUUGCUUUUGGACUGUGGUUUCGGUUUGGAGGCACCAUGAAGGAUUUCUCAUCGGAGGACAGUUCCCCAGAGUACUUCUACAUGGGGCUCUAUGUGCUGGUUGGAGCGGGGGCCCUGAUGAUGGCCGUGGGCUUCUUCGGGUGCUGUGGAGCCACGCGGGAGUCCCAGUGCGUUCUCGGAUCUUUUUUUACCUGCCUAUUGGUGAUAUUUGCUGCUGAAAUAACCACUGGAGUAUUUGCUUUUAUAGGCAAGGAUGUAGCUAUACGACAUGUUCAGACCAUGUAUGAAGAAGCUUAUAACGAUUACCUUAGAGACAGGGAAAAGGGAAAUGGGACUCUCAUCACCUUCCACUCAACAUUUCAGUGCUGUGGAAAAGAAAGCUCUGAACAGGUCCAACCCACCUGCCCAAAGGAGCUCCUAGGACACAAGAAUUGCAUUGAUGAAAUUGAGAGCAUAAUCAGUGUUAAGCUCCACCUCAUCGGAAUUGUCGGUAUUGGAAUCGCAGGUCUCACGAUCUUUGGCAUGAUAUUCAGCAUGGUCCUUUGCUGUGCGAUACGAAAUUCACGAGAUGUCAUAUGAAGCUACUUCUACAUGAAAAUUGUAAUCUAGAGCAUACAAAUGUCACAGGAGCUGUCUCCUGGCUCAUUUUUAAUAUUCAAAGGACAUUAGGAUCUAAAAUAAUUUGCUGUUAAUUGUACAUUUGCACAUGUAUGUAUGUUUGGCUCAUUACUGGUUUACCCCUUGAGUGAAUGCCUAUGUAUGUUGACUGAAGCAUAUUCAUGUGUGAUCUGCAUGUUUCUGGUAUAUGAAUAAUGAAAUCUGUUUGCUGGGAAUUCCUGAUUCUUGUUAUGUGAGAGAAACACAUAUUUAACUCUCAGAAAAAGAUCAAAGAGCUUUGAUAAACUUUAAAAACUUGGUUAUUUAGGAAAAAAAUAUGAUAGUGGGUCAGUUUCUCAGACUCUAGCCAUAGGAAGUUAGAUACAGAGAAUUCAGGGAUUUCUAGUUUAUGGAAGCAAUAAGCUACAGGAAUUGAGAGAUCAUGGUGCAGUGUUAAAAGUAACUGUGUUUGGGUUAGGUGUAAGGGUUUCCUGGGAUUUUUUUUAUAUACAUACUCUCCCCAGAAUUUAGGACUAAACACAUCUGUAAAACUAAAUAUAGCUUGGAAAAUCUAAUUUGACUAAGUCAUACUUUCCUGGUAUUUAAAAAACAAAACAAAACAAAAAAAACCUUGCUCUGGAAAGAGGUGUCACACAGACAAUCACAUGCCCUAUAAAACUGAGUGUUUUUAGGACUAGAAAGAAAAUCUUUUAACAACUUUUUAAGGAAAUAUUUUUGUUCUUAUAUAAAGACAUUUAAAUAUUGCUUUAUGACUUUCCUUUUCUGACUCUUCUCUGAACUACUGUAACCCCCACAUACACAAAAGGGCUUUUAUCUCCAGCUUUUCUGUGUUUCUUCAGAUGUAAGCAUAGAAAGACUAAAGCAAGAGAUCUGGCAGUUGCAAAUUGUGGGAAAGAGAAUUUUUACUGGCACUGUAUCUUUAAAAUACCUCAUAACUUGAGUUUACAUAUUUUCCUAAUUUUUUGGUAUUUUUCUUAUUUAUUCACCUAGAGAAUUCUUCUUUAUAGAUUAAGAACUACAGUUUUUGCCACUUAAAAUAUACUAUAUCAUGAGCAUCCUUAGCCAAACCAAAAUAAAGAAAAACAUCCUCUCCUAGUUUUGUGCACACAACAGAGACAAGCUAAGGAAACAAAAAUACACACACAACAGAAAUAUGUUCCUUCUGUGCAGGUCUCCUAUAAAAAUAAAAUGUUUGUGUUCU